AUGAAUGCUAUUGUUGAAGGGUUUGAACUGGGUGAGGGAAAUAUAUAUGAUGUUGAUGACAAGAGAUUUACGCAUGGUUCAAACUCUGUGACCUCCAUUGAUGGUGAUGGCUUCGUUUGCAGCAAGGAACCCAUCGUUGAUUCUAAGGUGGAUGUGGAGGCUGAGAUGAAGGAGGAGGUGGAGGUUGAGAUAGAUGUGAAGGUGAAGGUCGAAAUAGAGGUAGACAAGGUGGAGGGUGAGAUAAAGGAGGAGAUGGAGAUGGAGGUUGAGAUAGAUGUGAAGGUGAAGGUCAAAAUAAAGGUGGACAAGGUUGAGGAUGAAUUGAAGGAGGACGUGGAGGUUGAGAUAGAUGUGAAGGUGAAGGUAGAAAUAAAGGUGGACAAGGGCGAGGUUGACAUGAAGGAGGAGGUGGAGGUUGAGAUAGAUGUAAAGGUGAAGGUUGAGGUGAACAAGGUGGAGGUUGAGAUGAAGGAGGAGGUGGAGGUGGAGGUUGAGAUAGAUGGGAAGGUGAAGGUGGAGGUCGAGAUAAAUUUGGAAAUGGAGGUCGAAAUGGUGAUCGAAAUGAAGGUAGAGUCCGAGUUAUUUGCUUGGAAUAAGCUUCAAGUUAGUGACCCUAAGUUAAAGCUGGAUCAAAAUGUCAAGAGUCAAGGGUUCACAAAAUCUAUCACAUAA